GCCCCCGCCCCCGCCGCCGCCGCCGCCGCCGCCGCCGGGCCCUGCGCGGAGCCGGGAGCUGCGCCCGGAGAUAAUAGGAGGUGAGCUGCAUAUCCUUUCGACAACCUUCGGUUAAACUUGGAGUACCACGGCUCAAGCAAUUGAACAGAUGGAUAAUGGAGACUGGGGAUAUAUGAUGACUGAUCCAGUCACGCUAAAUGUGGGUGGACACAUGUAUACGACAUCCCUCACCACUCUAACGAGAUAUCCUGACUCGAUGCUUGGGGCCAUGUUCAGGGGAGACUUCCCCACCGCCAGGGACUCUCAGGGCAAUUACUUCAUUGACAGGGAUGGACCACUUUUCCGUUACGUUCUUAACUUUUUAAGGACCUCAGAGCUAACUUUGCCACUGGACUUCAAGGAGUUUGACCUGCUUCGGAAGGAGGCGGACUUCUAUCAGAUCGAACCGCUCAUUCAGUGUCUCAAUGACCCCAAGCCUCUGUAUCCUGUGGAUACCUUCGAGGAGGUGGUGGAGCUGUCCAGCACCCGCAAGCUGUCCAAGUACUCCAACCCGGUGGCUGUAAUCAUCACGCAGCUCACUAUCACCACAAAAGUCCAUUCCUUACUGGAGGGCAUUUCAAACCACUUCACCAAGUGGAAUAAGCAUAUGAUGGACACCAGGGACUGCCAGGUUUCCUUCACUUUUGGGCCUUGUGACUACCACCAAGAAGUGUCGCUCCGAGUCCAUCUGAUGGAGUACAUCACAAAGCAAGGCUUCACGAUCAGGAAUACCAGAGUUCAUCAUAUGAGCGAGCGUGCCAAUGAAAACACAGUGGAGCAUAACUGGACUUUCUGUAGACUGGCACGGAAAACAGAUGACUGAUUCUGACUCCGCAGGAGCCAUUUCAGUGAUCAGCAACUUAAUUGAACAGUAAACCCAAGAGAGCCUGGAUUUUGACUAAAGCAACAAUGUGGUCUUUUUUUAUACGAGUA